CGUAUCUUACAGCAGAAUAACCCGACCGCCGUUGUAGUCUACACUCAGCCGCGCACUCUCUCUCUUUCUCGCUCGCUCUCUCAUACUGCACCGAGCACUCCAGUCCGUUUGGUAGUUGGCGGUGCGAGGGGUCUAACAUUUACGCACGGGGAUAUCUACGCAAAAACAAACAAACAAAACAAAAACAGAAGUGCACUUGUUUUUCGGGGAUAGUUGCCAUAUCCACCGUAACUGCCUAUCUACAUCAGUUCUUUAGCGCCUUCUGAGUCGCGAGCCCAUCCUACAACAGUCAUGUCCGAGGUUCUGCCAUACGGAGAGGGGAAAAUGAGCGGAUACGGAGCGGACAACGAUGUAAGUCAGAUGUCCUUCAGCUGCGGGCUGCAGGACACCAACUCAUUCUUCGGAGCGUCGCAGGCGAAAAGACCUCCAAAACUUGGACAGAUCGGCAGAGCAAAGAGAGUGGUCAUCGAGGACGACCGAAUAGAUGAGGUGCUUAAAGGCAUGACCGACAAAUCAUCACCGGACGUGUAAACCCGUGCGAUGCCUUGCAGACAUUUCGAUUUUUAUCACCGAUUCGAAGCACUUGUCGGUUGUGCAUGUAAAGAUGAUUGCAAAGAGAUGGAGAGACGGUGGCACGAUGCUCGAACCACGAGGAGACUAAACUAAAAAGGGAAAAGGAGAAUUAAGAAGGGAGAGACGGAAUUUCCUUUGGGGUUUGCUGGCAAUUCUACAAUAUAAACGACAACCCGAAUGGAAGCUUUGAGGAAGAUGUCGGAGAUGUUGAGGUUGCGCGCGCUGCGGGUCUGUGAAUAAGGGUGGAUUGACUUGCCAUUAUUAUUCCACGACCAUCAUCUUCCAAAAGCGCUGUAAACAACACAAAGUUCAACCGAAGACUGAACCGCAUCUUAAGCUCUGUUACUAUGUACAGUAUCUUAGCUCGAAGACCUUCCCCUUAACACACACACACACACACACAUAGAUCUGCCUUGAGCGUCAAAUUCUAUCCGACUGCUGCUUUUAGAGACAUUUUAGAUUUAACACACAAAAAGACUUUAAGCGCUCCCAUAAUGAUAAAUGAAUUAUAUUUACGGAUGGUGCAAUGUGAAUAUUUUCUCUCGCUAUUUUGCGUCAUAUUCUUUUUCAAAAAUUGAGAAGUUUAUCAUACACAUGCCCACAGGUGUUGAAGCGUGUAGUCUUUAAAGCGUCGUUUGGUGAUCUGUUGUUUUGCCCUUCACUGCAGCUGAUUUGCGCACCUGCGCCACGGAUUCACAUCAUCAGUACAAGCACAAAGGAACAUUGUGCGUGCCACCUCUUGUAAUUAACCCAACACGAAUGCAUCUCGAUUUCUUCCAAAGCAUAAGUUUUUUAUUUAGUUUUCCAUCAGCUCCUCACAUUUCUUCAGUCGUGUCCAUCUCUUUGCAUGAACUUUCACUCCGGUGCCAACAGAGGUGCCGCCAUGAAUCUUACCCUGGCACGCUUCUUUUUAAAAAAAGUCAUAUUUGUAUUUUUAUAUCUAAAUAUUUGUUAUUUAAAAUGAUAUGCUAGUAUGUCGUCUUAAAGAUUUAUCAACAAUGAUGUUUAUAUUUCAGAGAAAAAUCUUUAGACAUGGAUUAGAGUAUAAUUCAGUUGGGUUGGAAUGUUUUUUUUUUUUAAGACUUGAUGAAUGAAUGUUUCUCGGGUUUUUUGCACACACACACAUCCGUGUUGAACCACUGUUAUAUGGAAAUCAUAAACUGUGACUUGAGCUUUGUUGAUGAAUUUGUUAGGAAAAUGGCGAUAUUAGAAAUCUACUGCACUUUUUACGAAUAUCUUCAAAUAACUUGUUAUUUGACAGGUUUUUGGACAUUACGUUUCUUCUGUUGAUUUGUUGGAUCUUUUUUUUUUUUUGCUUUGUUUUGUACCAUUAAUCUAAAGAAACUGACUAUGGUUUGUUGUGCAUGAAACCUUAAUACUUUUCAAUAACGGAACAUUGUUUUAUUAAGCAAAAAAAGCAACAAAAAUGUCAUGACAUUCUAAGAAUGAAUCAUUGCAUAUUAUAAUACCAUUUUCACUGUAUUUGGUGAACUAAUAAAUGGUGGAAGAACAUA